AUGGCCAAGAAGAUGGAGACCAUGGCUGAGGUGGGCCUUUCACACGCGGAGGUGAUGAUGGUGGGGCCGAUGGAUGGCUUGGAGUUUCACCCUUUGAAUUUCUCGGAGCGGCCAGAAGAGCACCGGCGUCUGGACGUGAUACUGCACAAGCUCUCGGAGGACAUCAUGUUCAGAGACGUGCAACCGGAGGGGGAUGCUCGACUGUCGUGGAUCGAGGCGUACCUGGAUCGAAACCCCAAGACCGCCAUCCUCGAUCCGAUCGACAGAGUUUCAAACUGCAUCAAUCGGGUCACUACCCUCAAGCUUCUCGAAGACGCGUAUCGACGGCACGGGGCCGCCGGGGGCAUGCCCCGCCCUCCCCGCUUCAUGGUUCUCGAAGAUCACGAGCCUUCAGGCCCGGGGGCUGAUGGUGGGAUCGUUCCCAGGAACGGUCUCGCCUUUCCCGUGAUCUGCAAACCCGUCGAGGCUUGCGGGACACGAGGGUCGCACACGAUGGUGGUCGUUCUCGACCAAGCGGGCGUGUCCGCGCUCACGCCCCCGGUCGUGGUGCAAGAGUGCAGGAGCCACGGCGCCAAGCUCUUCAAGGUGUGUGUUAUUGGAGACGAAGUCCGUGUGCACGAGAGGCCUUCUUUGCCAGACCUUCCUCCCGGACUGACGGGCUCUUUCGCGUUCGACAGCCAGAAACCUUACCCAGCACUAGAAGAGGUUAAGGCUGCCAGUGCCGCGACCCGAGCAAGGUCGGGUCGGUUGCAAGGACAACCGCCAACCGCCGGGAACGGAACAACACCCGGACACAACGGCGAUCCCUCCCGCUCGGCAUCUUCCGCAGAGGAGGUACCAGGACAACUCCGUCAAGCGAACGGAGAGAGAUCCGGUAAAAGCAGCAAGCCGCCACUCCCACGACCGAAGGCGCUGAGGGACAGGGGCCCGGACAUCCGACAGGCUUCAGCUUGUACGCCGACGGGAGCAGUGGCACCGGCGUCGACGACCACAACGUGGUCGUCGGCAUCGUCGUCCCGGCAACCGAGCAGAGCGAAGCUGUCCCCUGGCCCAGCGGUAGCGCCGGAGGCGGCGGCGGCGGCGGUGGCGACGCUGCCGGCGGAGCGGGCACACCCGCCUUCUUUGUCGUUGGAGGCGGCAAAGCUUGCGGCGAGAAGGAUGAGGGAGACUUUCGGACUGUCGCUGUUCGGGUUCGACCUCAUCGUCGACCGGGCCACGGGGGAGACGUUCGUCAUCGACGUCAACUACUUCCCCAGCUUCAAGGACUUGGCGGAUUUUCCGCAGGUGCUGCGACGACGACUGAAGGAGGUUGUGGCGACAGCCGGUCGCAAAUCGGGAGCUGAGGGUUUACCGUCAAAGGAGCGAGCAGACUGAUGAUCCGGGGGUUGUGGUGUGUUGUUGACACGUGCGUCCACGGCUCAAAGCGGCUGAAUAAGUUUACAAAUGACCUGUCGGAGAGGAGGAAUGCUGUUGUUUCUCCGUUUGAAAUUGUGUUCGGUGUACAAUAGUCCGUCCGUGUUUGAAAUGGUUUUUCUAAGUGGUUUCUCCGUUUUUGAAAUUGUUUUUGCUGCCCGAAACGUGGAGAAGGUUUACUGAAGGUUUACUGAAGGUUUACUCACCAAAACUGCUGUGGUUUCGAGUGAUGGGUGGUUUACUACGAGGUAGCUGGUCACAACGUUUUUGCCACGGGUGUAGUCUACAAUUGUAGUUUUUGUGUUUGGUUGCCGGCAGGCAAGGCAGCGCGGACACAAGUGAUUUCGAGCAGAGCAGCGCAUGUAUGUCUCCCUCGUUGCUACCUGUACGAGCACAAACAGAGGUGGACUUCUGUACCCCCUUGCUUCGUGAGAUUUUCGCCUUCCGAGCGAGCGAGCGAAUACGCUAAAUAGCUAUAUAAUGGUGCUGGCGACAUCCAGAACCUACCUCUGUCUUCGCUGCUAUUAAAUAGGGGUUUCCCGUUAGAGUGCUGGUUAGGGAAGGCGAUGAGCGAAACAACGAGGGCGCCCGACUGACACCUAUGCAUAUAACGGAUGAUCAGUCGUGGCAAUGAUGCAACUUUCCACGGCACGACUCGCCUUGGUCUUGUCCGCGUUUUCCCGAAACUCAACCCCCGGUAAU